AUGGCAGCGGCUCUCAAUAGGUUUAUUAGCCGCUCAUCAGAUAAAUGCCAUGUCUUCUUCCAAACUCUUAAGAAGCAAAGCCGACGAAGUUUCAAGUGGACGGAAGAUUGCGAUGCAGCCCUCACCAAGCUGAAAUCCUAUCUUUGUUCGGCCCCUCUUCUUGUCAAACCAGUAGCUUUUGAAACUCUCCAUCUCUAUCUAACUGUCUCUCCACAUGCCGUAAGCUCGGCACUUGUCCGACGGGAAGGCCUUGAGGACCAACCAAUCUACUUUUCUAGCCGAACCUUACUCCCAGCACAGACUAGAUAUCUGCCACUGGAGAAGCUACUUCUAGCAUUGGUUACAGCAGCUCGGAAAUUGCUCCCUUAUUUUCAAGAGCACCCAAUCAUAGUUCUCACGGAGUUUCCACUUAAAAAUCUUUUGAGGAAGGCUAAUCUAUCAAGCAGAGCCCAAGUAUUGGCAGACUUCAUUCCUGAAUUCACCCCUGGAAGCCCGGACGAAGAAACAUUGGUCAAGCCUAAUUAUGGAAUGCUAGAACAACAAGAGGCUCGGAAAAUUUGGAACUUAUUCAGCGGAGACGUUUGGAAGUUACACGUUGAUGGGGCAUCAAACACCAACGACGCGGGUGCAGGGGUUGUCCUGCUGAUCGUCAAUCAAGUAACAGGUGAUUACGAAGCCCGGGACCCAAGAAUGAUAAAGUAUCAAGCUACGGCUCUAGAGCUAAUCAGAGGGUUCAAAGGAUUCCAAAUCGAACAGAUCAACAGAGAGAACAACGCUCAUGCCGACGCUCUAGCAAGUUUGGCCUCGGCAAGCAAAGCAUCUGAAUACCGACACAUCAGCCUCGGCGAGAUCCACCAGCCAAGCUUCGAAGUCUCGGAAGAAGUAUUCAACAUUUCCCUCGGCCCAAGUUGGAUGGAUGAGAUCGUCUCGUUCCUCAAAGAUGAUACGCUACCCUCAGACAAAAAUGAGGCCCACCGUGUACGCAGUAAUGCAGCCUACUAUUGGAUCUCUGAGCACGGCCAACUCUACAGAAAAAGCUUCACAGGGCCAUAUCUAAGAGUGGUUCAUCCAACCGAGGUCCCAAUUAUUUUGACCGAACUUCACUCUGGAAGCUGCGGUUGUCACUCUGGCCGGCCCUCCCUCUGUCAAAGAGCUCUCAGUCAAGGAUACUUCUGA